UCAAUGAGAUGACCUGGGAACUCAACAUCAGACCAAAAUCACUAGAUGACUAAGGACCUUAUUCCAACUGUGUGCAGCAACACCUCAUUCAAACACUACUUCAAACACUACUACUGAGCCAAUGUAGAGCCUGCCCCUUCAGAAUUCCAUGACUUUUUUCCUUGCCUGGAUUUCAGCACAAAGUCAAAUCUACCAGGACAGAGUAUGCCAUCUGCACCUUUCCACAGAAUUCUACGACCCCUUCUACUUGGCACCUUCCUACUGGGCUGUUUUGUGACUCUGUUUUUGAUGUACUUUAAACCGUCCACUAGCUGGCUAUCAGGUCCUGUAGAGUCAACAGCAUCCACAAUCCGAGUUAAAAACCUCUUCUCCGCCAAGAGUGACAAAAACCUGACCACUGUACUCGUCUGGCUCUGGCCCUUUGGACAGACCUAUGACCUGGGUGUCUGCAGCUCUCUGUUCAACAUUGAGGGCUGUUUCAUCACAGCAGAUCGGAACCUAUAUAAUAAGUCAGAUGGGGUCGUCAUACAUCACAGGGAUAUCUGUACUGAUCUCUCCAACCUGCCCCCCCUUCAGCGUCCCUCCUUCCAGAAGUGGAUAUGGAUGAACCUAGAGUCACCAUCUCACUCCUCUCAGCUGCCCGGUAUCGAAAACCUGUUCAAUUUAACUCUGAACUAUCGCCAGGAUGCUGAUAUCGAAGUGCCUUAUGGGUCGAUCGUGACGGCCCAAGGGGACGAGGAUUUCGUGCCUCCGAGCAAAAGCAAAUUGAUCUGCUGGAUUGUCAGCAACUGGAACCCGGAUCAUGUGCGAGUGAAGUACUACAACGAGCUAUACAAACACAUUGAGGUUCGCGCUUAUGGACAAGCCUUUGGGGAGUACAUUGCGGAUCAAGACUACUUUCCUACCAUUGCCAGUUGUAAAUUCUACUUGGCAUUUGAGAACUCAAUUCACAAAGACUACAUCACAGAGAAACUGUAUAACCCACUCUCUGUAGGGACGGUGCCUGUGGUUUUAGGCCCGCCAAGACAGAACUAUGAGAACUUUGUCCAGGGGGAUGCUUUUAUCCAUGUGGAUGACUUCACCUCUCCCAAAGAGUUGGCUGACUAUCUCCUGCUCUUGGACAAAAAUGAGGAAAUGUACCUCAGGUACUUUGAGUGGCGACGGCACUUUAAGGUGAAAAAGGCAUACUUCUGGGCCGAACACACAUGCCUCACUUGUGAUUAUCUCAGAAGGCACAAAGAGUACAAGGCAUUCAAUAACCUCGAUAAAUGGUAUUGGGGUGGAACGCCUUGAAGGCCCAAGAAAUUGUUGUUUUGCUGUUGGAGGCAUUGCUUGAAAAAUAUUUUCAGUCAUGGACAAUGCUUCAGCAUGUUUUUCUCAGUGGUUACAGGGGCCCAAAUUAGCCAUUCCCUUUUUUUAUUUUGUUACCAGCCAGAUUUGCUCAGCCUUACUUUGCCUAUUGCAUUUUCAUUCAAUCAUGUAUUUGUAUUUAUGUUGUAGUCAUUUGCAAUGCUUUUAAUAUUUGUUUUAUAAAAUAACACUUUUAUAUUUAAUGUCUGAACGUGACCACAUUUGCUGCUAUCUGUUUUUUUUAAUGAUGUACUGUAACUGUUUCCCACCCCAUAAGGUGGGAAUCAAGCUGACAUGCCACAUCUUUCAUCUGGCAGUAUUCACAACAUUGUGGUGUUGAAAUUGUAGUUUUUGUAAUUGUAACCAGUAUUCUUUUUUUUUUUCUGUGGAAUGUUCAUGUUGAAUUUGUUGUCCUCAGGGCACUAUUGAAAAUGAGUCACUGGUCUCAAUGGGCUCCCAAGGUUAAAUAAAAUAAUAAUGAAAAAAUAUAUACAAUAAAUAAUUGAAGAAAUAGUUGUUUCAAUUAAAAUAUUUAUGUACUAUUUAUUGAAUUGAGACAUUGUAUGAUACAAUACCAUCUAAAAUUCGUGAUACAGUCAUCUAUGCAGUGUUUACUGAACUUCAAAUGUAAAAGUAGUUCAGUUUUGUUAUCUACUGUAUAUUGUAUAUGUGUGUGUUUUUGAGAAAUCACCCUCAAUUUAUUUUUGCAAGGUUGCAUUUGCAAAACAAAUGGACACUCAUCUUUGAUCAUGUAUGUACAGUAACACAUUGUAGAAAGCAGGAAAGAUAACAAAAAAAUACUGACAAAGUGUGUCAGGGGAGAAAUGUGAACUUAUUAUGCUAAUAGUGGUUUCUUAGUGGGCAUUAUCACAUUAAAUGCAUUGAGGUUCUUUAAAAUGCCCAGUUUUCAUUCCAUGCUGUGUAAAUGCCAAUUUUGUCUACAUUUUCUCCACUGAACAAUGGAGAAAAAAACAGCUCUCAGCACGAUGGUUGAAUCGGUAACACUUUAUUUGAACUGUACGUAA